GUGCGAACUCAUUUGCGUCCGACAGGCGCGCGUUGCCUUUGCUCGCAAAAAAAGUAAAAAAAAAUCGGUAAAAAAAGUGACAGUGUAUCACAAUGAGCAAAGAGCAAGACAAUGCCGCCUUCGACGCAUUUCCCGAGGGCGCUCCUCGUGGCUUCCCGCCUCCGGGGCCUCCGGAGCCCCCGUCGGCAUUCAAACCACCACCACCUCUAGAAGUCAACCAUGAAAAGAAAGAGGAUCCAGAAGCUGACGAUUUGCCCCAGCGAGCAACAUGGGGGAACCAAAUAGAAUUCCUCAUGUCCUGUAUAGCCACAUCUGUGGGCCUCGGCAACGUGUGGCGGUUUCCCUUCGUGGCGUACAAUAACGGCGGUGGCGCCUUCCUCAUUCCUUACAUUAUAGUUCUAUUCAUAAUUGGUAAACCCAUGUACUACCUCGAAUGUGUAAUGGGUCAGUUUAGUACAAGAAAUUCUGUGAAGAUUUGGUCUCUAUCGCCUGCAAUGAAAGGAACGGGUUACGCACAGGCCAUGGCCACGACUAUGAUCAUGACGUACUACGUGUCGAUCAUCGCCUUGUGCCUGUACUACCUGGUGUUCAGCUUCCAGUCUACCCUGCCGUGGGCCGUGUGCGACGAGUCCUGGACCGACGUGCUGUGCGUGCCCUCCGGCCAGGCCGGGGAAGGCGUUCAUGUUGAGAACGGCACAAGCAGUGCCGAACUGUUCUUCUUGAGGACAGUGAUUCAACAGAAGGACACUCUUGCUGGUGGUCUUGGCCUCCCGAUCUGGUACCUAGUGCUAUUCCUGCUGCUGUCCUGGUUGAUCAUUUUCGUGAUCGUGGCGCGCGGAGUGAAGAGUUCCGGCAAGGCCGCUUACUUUCUUGCCAUCUUCCCUUAUAUUGUCAUGGUCAUCCUCUUGAUUAGUACCAGCACUUUGGAGGGAGCCGGGACGGGAAUUUUGUUUUUCCUGACACCUCAGUGGGAUAAACUCAUCGAACUAAAUGUGUGGUACGCAGCCGUAACACAGGUGUUCUUCUCUCUCUCCGUGUGCACAGGAUGCAUGAUUAUGUUCUCUUCUUACAACGGCUUCAGACAAAAUGUUUACAGAGACGCCAUGAUCGUUACAACCCUGGAUACCUUCACGAGUCUGCUGUCCGGUAUCACCAUCUUCGGCAUCCUGGGGAACCUGGCGUUCGUGCUGGGCCGCGAGGUGCAGGACGUGGUGGGCGACGGCGGCACUGGACUGGCUUUCAUUUCCUAUCCAGAUGCUAUCGCGAAAACACCGCUGCCUCAGUUGUUCUCCGUGCUGUUCUUCCUGAUGAUGGCGGUACUGGGCGUGGGCUCGGCCGUGGCCAUGCUGUCUGCCGUCAACACGGUUCUGCUGGACACAUUCCCGCGAGUGCCCACCAUCGUCAUAUCGGCGUGCUCAUGCACUAUUGGAUUCUCCAUCGGCCUUAUCUACGUCACCCCUGGCGGUCAGUGGGUGUUGGAGCUUGUAGAUCACUUUGGCGGGACGUUCUUGAUCCUGUUCACUGGUAUUACUGAACUCAUUGGAAUUAUCUGGAUUUACGGUCUAGAGAACGUCUGCCUCGACAUAGAGUUCAUGCUGGGCCUGAAGACCGGCAUCUACUGGCGGUGGUGCUGGGGCAUCCUGACUCCUGCUAUGAUGAUCACAGUUUUCAUAUACGCUUUAAUAGAUAAUACUUUCGGCGGUGAUGCCUUCACGUCUGCUGCGAUCGCUAUUGGAUACGCCAUUCUUUUCAUCGGUGUUGCAAUGGUCCCUCUCUUCAUGGGUUUAACAAUGUUUAAGAACAGAUCUGGAAACUUGACCAAAACGGUCAAGGUAUCAUUUACCAAAAAGUCAUCAUGGGGCCCCAAGGAUAAGUCGACGAGGCAAGAGUGGGCCCUCUUCAAGGCGGACGCUAAGGAGGAGAGACAGAAACGCACCACGUCCAAGCUCAAACACAUAGGCCUCAGUUUAUUAGGCAGCUACAGAAGAGGCGUUUAACCCUUGGUACGUUCAGGACCACUAAAGAGUCGUCGUCUGUCGUGCCUGCUACGGCAAUGGCCACUGAAAAGUGUUAUAGCGGACGUUGUCAAAGCGACUUUCCUAUUGUAAGUUACAGAUGUAGUGCCAAAAUAUUUCCUUCGUAUUUUUACGGAAACGUACGAACGUGUCAUGCUAUUUCAGUCAAUCUCAGUACAAGACGUACUGACACUGUCUGAACUAGCAUGAUAUAUACGAACGUUUCCGUAAAAAUACGAUACAGUGGAAAAGCUUUUCGCACUUCAUCUGUAAGUUUUAGGUAAGUAUAUUGGUUCUUUAUCAGUAGACAUUUUGGCAUCUACAUUACCCCAUUUUUUGGACACAAGAGGAAAGGUGUUCAAGAGGUUAACUAUAGUUUAAAUUUAAUAUAGUUGUUAAUUUAUUUAUUGUACAUAUUUUAAAAUGACAAAUUAAAUAUACUGUUUUGAUAUUA